GCUCCUCAGUGGCCACUGAUCUUUCCCUUUAUAUGCCUUUUUAACAUUUCCUUUGGCAGAUCAAAGAACAUCCAAGCCUCCUCUCUUUCUCUCUGAAAGUAAAACUUUGAACGGUGAUCGAGUGAUCAGAUCCAUCUCAUCUGAUGAUUAGUUUCCAAUCAAAGCAUCAAUUGCGAUUAAAUUUCUCAAUCCUCCUCCCUUCCGAUGCUUUCUUUAUAAUUUGCUUUAAUUGCUUAAGAUUUCGCCUCAAAAUUUGAUUUUUUUAAAAAAUCAAAACCCUAAAUCCCUUCCAUUUCCAUUGCAAAAAAAAAAAGAAAAGAAAACUCAAUUCGUUGUUUUAAAUUAUUCAAUGGCUGAUCGGAGUAGGUUGUUUUCGAUAGAGGAAUUACCGUCGCAUUUAAUUUUGGAAAUCCUAACGUCAGGCAAACGGUUAAGUGCCGCUGACCUGGUGUCGCUGGAGUUGACUUCGAGAACAUUCGGAGGGAGCCACGGGGUUUAUCCGACGAAAUUCAGGUCGUUGGUGGAUUUGGCUGCGUUUCAGCUGUGCGGGACGAAUGAGGUUUAUAGUGGAAUGAGCACGAGUAGUCAAAAGGAGGUUUUUGACAGGUGUGAUGGGAAUUGGAAGAGAGUUUUGAGGUUUUUGCAGUCAGUGGAGCAGUCGUCGUAUAUGGUCCAAACCUCUGCAGGCAAUAUGCAGAUAACAACUGGAAGGUAUCACACAUUGCUAAUUAGCAACUCAUCAGUGUACUCUUGUGGUUCCAGCUUGUGUGGUGUCCUUGGUCAUGGUCCUGAAACAACACAAUGUGUAGCAUUUACCGGGAUUAACUUCCCUCCUCCAGCUAAUGUGAUGCAGGUGUCAGCUUCUCACAAUCAUGCUGCAUUCAUAUUGCAGUCUGGAGAGGUUUUCACGUGUGGAGACAAUUCAUCUUUUUGUUGUGGCCACAGAGAUACAAGCCGCCCCAUUUUUAGACCAAGGCUUGUCGAAGCAAUGAAGGGGAUUCCUUGUAAACAGGUAGCUGCUGGACUGAAUUUUACUGUGUUCCUUACAAGACAAGGUCAUCUGUAUACAUGUGGAACUAACACGCAUGGCCAGCUGGGUCAUGGUGACACUCAAGACCGACCAACCCCCAAAAUCGUUGAACAGCUUAAGGGAGUUGGUUCUGUAGUUCAGAUUGCUGCUGGCCCUAGCUAUGUUUUAGCUGUAACGGACAAUGGAGCAGUUUACUCUUUUGGUUCUGGUUCUAAUUUUUGUCUUGGGCAUGGGGAGCAGCACAACGAGUUUCUGCCACGUGCAAUCCAGACAUUUAAGAGAAAGGGAAUUCAUAUUCUUCGUGUCUCUGCUGGUGAUGAGCAUGUUGUGGCACUUGAUUCCAGUGGAUUCGUAUAUACGUGGGGGAAAGGUUACUGUGGUGCAUUAGGCCAUGGAGAUGAGAUUGAUAAGACUCUUCCAGAACACUUGAUCAGCCUUAAGAGUCAGCUUGCUGUGCAGGUUUGUGCAAGAAAGAGGAAAACAUUUGUUCUGGUUGAUGGUGGUUCUGUCUAUGGCUUUGGGUGGAUGGGAUUUGGGAGCCUUGGGUUUCCAGACAGGAGUGUAUCUGCUAAAGUUAUGAGACCUAGAAUCCUUGAUAGCUUGAGAGGCCACCAUGUUGCUCAGAUCAGCACAGGUCUGUACCACACUGUGGUGGUAACUCACAAAGGGAGGAUGUUUGGGUUUGGGGACAAUGAGCGAGCACAGCUUGGCCAUGACACAUUGAGAGGUUGCCUUGAACCAACCGAGAUAUUUAUUCAGGAAAUGGAAGAAGAAACAACUCUUUUUUGAGAAAGCAGAUGAAAUGCAAUAACUAUCAUCUGCCUUUUUGGAGGUUAGUGUUGUGUUCUUAUUCAAGAGGUGAAAACGCUACUUUUCCCCCCCCUCAUAAAAGUUCUUGUAGAAUUACAUGAAUUGUAACUGUGCAUGCUGAACACUAACUGUUGUAUUUAGAAAGUUGAGUACGUAGCUCAUGAUAGUUGCUUUCUUCCUGGCAAUUUAUUGAUAUUUCUUGUUUA